GACAUUGAUCAGUUAGGAAAAACAGAAAUAGUUAAACAUAAAAUCAAUACCGGAAAUGUCUCUUCUAUCAAACAACAUCCUUAUAGAAUGUCUUCAAAAUAUGAAAAAUUUAUCAAGGAAGAGUUGAACAGAUUACUUCAACAAGGACUCAUUAAAGUUUCUUAUAUAACUAAACCAGAUGCAUAUCUUCUACCUCGUAUUGCUGAUAUGAUUGAUGCUUUAGCUCAUA